AUGUCAAAUAAGCAGAGGAUACUACGAAACCCACUUUUAACUAACUCAACGAAGUGGCUCGAUAAUGUGCCAAAGAAACAUCAUAGUGACCUCAUUCAGAAUGGAUUUUACAAUCGCAAUGAGCUAGACAAUAACCCCUAUGCUCAAUCCUUGAUCAAAGUUGAUGCCAACUCAAGCACCACGGUUCUACCUGUGGGUAACGCCAUUAGAUUAACAGCGACUAGGACCAAUGGAACCAACAAAAGUGAAAAAUCACUAGUUACACUUUUACCAAGUUUGAAUUUGACGAAAACCGAACCCAGCCGAUUGAUCAGCAACAAUAAGUCAUACAUUGAAUCGAUCCAGGAAAACGCAAAGACAUCCCAGGCUUAUAGGCCGAUGCAAAUGGAUAAACUGGAGUUACCACUGAAAUUCAAGGUUAAAUUUAUUGAAAAUAUGAGUGAUGAAAUUGACACGUUGUACAAGGAUAGGAUAAAGUCGUUGUUGCUAAAAGCCAAGCGGGAGAACGACCUGGGAGAUGGAAUCGAGCUCAUAGAAAUGGAAGGUAUAACUCGAUGGGAGGAUGGCAUACUCAAAAUCAACAAGUCUUUGAUUGGAGUAACAAACAACACAUUUGUUUCCUUUGCAAGUAACCCCGAGCUUGCUCGACUCAUUAUCGCCUAUAGUGAUUACAAGAGCUAG